AUGAUUAUCCCUGAAACUGACAGUUUCUUCUUCCAAGAGCAACCGCAACAUCAGCCAUUGUAUCCCGACGAAGCUCUUUCACCGUCUCUCUUCGGGUUUGAUCACUAUGAUCAUUUCUACGAGUCGUUUCUUCCAUCUCAAGAAAUCUUCCUUCCUAGCCCUAAGACCCGAGUCUUCAACGAGUCACAGGAAUUAGAUUCCUUCCACACGCCAAAACACCAGAAACUCAUUGACUCCAGCUUCCAUUUCAACAGUCACGACCCUUUUUCCCCUAGCCCUGAAUCUAAUUACCUCUUGGAUUCUUACAUCACAGAAGCUUCCAACAUUUCCAAGUUUCAAGCUCCUGAUUUCUCAUCGACGUUCAAGGUUGGGUGGACUGAACAAGGCGACACCAAGAAGCGAGAGCUAUCUGCUCAGAGCAUCGCAGCACGAAAGAGGAGAAGAAGAAUCACAGAGAAGACUCAAGAGCUGGGAAAACUAAUCCCUGGAAGCCAGAAACACAACACUGCCGAAAUGUUCAAUGCCGCAGCUAAAUAUGUCAAGUUCUUGCAGGCUCAAAUUGAGAUUCUCCAACUGAAGCAGACCAAAAUGCAGACUCUGGAUAGUUCAAAGGUGGGAAGAGAAAUGCAGUUUUUGCUUGGUUCUCAAGAAAUCCAGGAGAAGCUAUCUACAGAAGAAGUGUGUGUGGUUCCAAGGGAAAUGGUUCAAGUCCUAAAAGCCGAAGAAUGCAUCUUGACAAACCCUAAGAUUUCUCGAGACAUUAACAAAUUGUUGUCAACAAAUCUGAUGAAUUAGAUUUGUCUAUGUUCUGUCUGUUUCUAAUUUGUUCCUUGGUAGUUUCAAUAUUAGUUAGAGUUUAACCAUUAGUUAAUUGUCUUCUUAACUAAUGUAAAUUCGUUGGUUUUUUAAUCCAAAAGUGCUAUGUACUCUGUU